CUCCAAAUUUGUCAAAGGUCAAGAUACUGGCUUGAACACGCAGUCAAGGUACCGAGAGGUCAAUUUAAAAACAUUAGAAACAAUUGACGUGAGGGUAUUUUUAUCAGCGAUAUCAUGAUUUGAUUAGAAAUUAAUGGAAUAAUGAUUUUUUUAAAUUUCAGUCAGCUGCUGAGUGAUUUUUUUGAUCCCUAAGUGCAAGCUAUUUGUAAAUAAACAUCAUGAAUGGCACACUGUGGUACCCAGUUUCAAUAUGGAGGGAUAUUGUCCAAAAUGAAAGUUGCUUUGUUCCACGUGGGACGAAAGCUGAACCUGAUCAACGGAGUGAAGAAUAUUAUUCUGGUUCAACGAUUAAAGAGAUCAAUCAUGACGUCUCAAACGAACAUGGAAAAAGCACUGGAUGAGUUAAAGUUGAAUCCUUAUUUCGAGAAAUAUGCGAAGAAAAUUUCCAAGCUGCAAGAGACUAGCCCCGAAGAGUUUCUCAGUAAAAUUGAAGCAAAAGAGAGGGAAGCUAAAGCAAAAAAGGAAGCACUCGCCCAAGAAAGAAAAUUUCAACCAGCAUCAAGGGCAAAACCAACUCUUGGAGGCUCCAUUCGUAGAUAUUAUUCGAAUGGCAGCACUUCAAAUUUUUACGUGACAACACCAAUAUUUUAUGUAAAUGCCGGGCCCCAUAUCGGGCACCUUUACAGUGCUGUACUGGCUGACGCAGUAGCCAGAUAUAAUUCGAUGCUAGGACAUUCUGUGCGGCUCACUACUGGUACAGAUGAACAUGGAAAUAAAGUACAACAAGCUGCUCAGGUCUCAAAGCUCCCGAUGAGCGACUACUGUUCAAAAAUCUCAUUGCAAUUCCAUAAGAUGUGCGAAGUUUUUGAUGUGGGCUAUACAGAAUACAUUAGAACCACACAAGAGCGACAUUUGAAGACCUUGAAUCAUUUCUGGAUUACUUUGAGAAAAAAGGAUUACAUAUAUCCGGGGACCUAUUCUGGAUGGUAUUGCGUACCCGAUGAAGCUUUUCUGUCUACCUCACAGUUGGAAGAUCGAAAAAACGCCAAUGGUGAAACUGUGAAGGUGUCAAUUGAGUCGGGGCAUCCUGUAGAAUGGGCAGAGGAAGAUAAUUACAAGUUCAGGCUCAGUGUAUUACAAAACGAUCUGAAACACUGGCUCAAAGAUGAAAACACUGUUAGACCAGCUAAGUUUCAUAAGAUUCUCUCAGAGUGGAUCGAAGAGGGAUCUUGUUUGGAAGAUUUGAGUAUUUCGAGGCCGAUUGAUAGGGUAUCGUGGGGUGUUCCAGUUCCUGAUGAUAAUACCCAAAGUAUUUAUGUCUGGCUAGAUGCCUUGGUAAAUUACCUGACUGCCCUAGGAUACCCUGAAGAGAGUUACAAAGAAUUCUGGCCUCCAAAUAUUCAGGUAAUUGGAAAAGAUAUUCUCAAGUUUCACGGAGUUUAUUGGCCAGCAUUUCUGAUAGCAGCAGGACUAGAGCCACCCAGGAGCUUGUUAUGUCACUCCCACUGGACUGUAGACGGCCAAAAAAUGUCCAAAUCAAAAGGGAAUGUUGUUUCACCAUUUGAUGCAGCAGAAAGUUACACUGCGGAUGGUCUGAGAUACUUUCUUCUGAGAGAAGCUGUACCUUACAGUGAUGCUAAUUAUAGCAAAGAAAAAGUCUUCAACACAGUAAAUUCAGAACUAGCAGAUUCUCUAGGUAAUCUGGUGAGUCGAUGUACGGGUAAAGCGGUCAAUCCUGGAAGGGAGAUUCCGCACCCUGGAAAAUACGUAGACAUUCUUAAAUCGGAAUCAGCAACGAAAUUGAAGUAUUGUUUGGAAACGCUACACCUCGAAGCUCGAGACCAUUAUGAAAAAAACAAUCUUCACCACGUUGUUGACUCUGUGAUGAGUACAGUACAUGCUGCCAAUCAGAUGGUUGAAUUUCACAAGCCUUGGCACCUCAGGAAGCAAACCGAUGACCAAUCAUAUAAUGAACUACAAGCUGUUCUAUCCCUUGCUUUAGAUUGUACCCGAAUCAGUGGACUGAUUUUAUAUCCCAUUGUACCAAAAUUGAGUAACAAUUUGUUGGAAUUACUCGAUGUGCCCGAAAACGAAAGAAGUUGGGCAAAUACGGUUCCCAGGCAUUUGACUAAGUCGGAGAAUUCUGUUCGAAAGGUGAACGCUGAGAGCACAAUUUUAUUCAAGAGAAUUCGGAAUUAAUAACUGAAACAUGGGAGGAAAGUAAAUACUGAUUAUUUAUAUGAGCUGGAAGUCUUAUAUUAGUAUUAUUUACAGAAAAGCAAUUUCUUGCUUUUUUGGUAGUACACCUAGAUUUCGUGUACGAUUAUGUCUUUAAACAAGCAGUCGCUACUGAUAAAACUAACUCAAAACAUGGAGAAUUCCUUGAUAAUUUGGAAAUGAAAUGAGUUUUUUUUUUAAUUUAUUUCAAAUAUCAAGUAAAUCAGUAGAAACUGAUUUUAUUUCCGACACACAUCUCCACCCGUUCAAACUAAUUUGAAUAAGCGGAUAUCCUUGCUCCAAUAUCAUUACUCUUUGACAAUUACUUUGUUCUGGUGUUUUAUAUCAAAUGGACUUAGACAUUAACUUUGGUGCGAUUUAUAGUUGACAUAAUACUUUUUACUUAGGUGGAAUAUUGCUCUAUCGAUAAUUUAUAAUUGCUCCUAUCUCACUUAUUUUACCACAUAGAAAAAUAAAUAAAUGACUAUGUACAAUA